AAAUAAAAUAAAAUCAAGGGCAAGGGUCCUGUAUCCAUGAAGCGGAAGACGCGUGGGUUGCUGUCGUAAGAACCACAUAGAAUGAUGCCACGUGUAAAUCGAUCCGAUGGGGAAGCAUGUGUACGGUUACAACGCUUACGUGUUAAGUGGAAUCCAUUUGCUGGUUUCACGCUUACGAUAAUUAGCGCAAUUACCUGCUUUACUUAGCUACUUAAACACCUUUAAAAAAAGUUUGAAGUGUUGUUACACUACUAACUGAUCUGAGUAGAGAGAGAGAGAGCAUCACAGAUUUACAAUAAUAACCAACCACUAAUACACCAAACAGCGAGAAAAUUUCCUAAUACAUGAGUAUGCGUGUUUAACACUCUCUUAAAUGAGAUUAAUGUUUUUUUCCCAAAACCGUUAUAAUUAAUUAAUUAUUAUUAGUCCAUAAAUACCCCUACUCAAAGACAAAGCCAUAAAGAGCGUAAGAAAGAAAGAAGAGGGCACACAAAACAGAGGAAGAAGAAGAAGAAGAAGAAGAAGAAGAAGAAGAUGAAGCUUCUGUGUUUGUUUCUAUUUCUGGCGAUCGUGAUCCAACUAAGCUGUUGGGAGCUAGGAGCAGAUGCGUUAUCGAGCAAUGGGUUCGUGAGGACGAAAGGUGUUCAGUUUAGUCUCAAUGGCUAUCCUUAUUACGCUAAUGGCUUCAAUGCCUACUGGCUCAUGUACGUUGCCUCUGAUCCAUCCCAAAGGUCAAAGAUCUCCACCGCUUUCCAAGAUGCUUCUCGCCAUGGAUUGACCGUUGCUCGAACCUGGGCUUUCAGCGAUGGCGGUUACAGGGCUCUUCAGUAUUCUCCUGGCUCCUACAACGAGGAUAUGUUUCAGGGUUUGGAUUUUGCGUUAGCUGAGGCAAGAAGGCAUGGUAUAAAGAUAAUACUCAGCUUUGCCAAUAACUACGAGAGCUUCGGAGGGAGGAAGCAAUAUGUGGAUUGGGCUCGAAGCAGAGGCCGUCCCGUAUCUUCUGAAGACGACUUCUUCACAGACUCUCUUGUUAAAGAUUUCUACAAGAACCAUAUCAAGGCUGUGCUGAACAGAUUCAAUACCUUCACCAAAGUUCAUUACAAAGAUGACCCAACCAUUAUGGCUUGGGAGCUCAUGAACGAGCCCCGUUGCCCCUCAGAUCCUUCCGGAAGAGCCAUUCAGGCUUGGAUUACUGAAAUGGCUGCUCAUGUGAAAUCGCUAGACAGAAACCAUCUGCUUGAAGCUGGCCUCGAGGGUUUCUAUGGUCAGUCUUCACCUCAAAGCAAGACUCUAAACCCACCUGGCCAGUUUGGAACCGAUUUUAUCGCCAAUAACCGCAUCCCCGGCAUUGAUUUCGUUACGGUUCACUCUUACCCUGAUGAAUGGUUUCCAGACUCAAGCGAGCAAUCCCAAAUGGAUUUCUUGAACAAAUGGCUCGACGCACAUAUCCAGGACGCACAGAACGUUCUUCACAAACCCAUAAUAUUAGCAGAGUUUGGUAAAUCAAUGAAGAAACCAGGUUAUACCCCAGCACAGAGAGACAUUGUCUUCAACACCGUGUACAGCAAGAUUUACGGGUCUGCAAAACGAGGUGGUGCAGCAGCAGGAGGUUUGUUCUGGCAACUUCUGGUAAAUGGAAUUGAUAAUUUUCAAGAUGGCUAUGGGAUCAUACUUAGCCAAAGCUCGUCCACGGUUAACGUCAUUUCACAGCAAUCGCGGAAGUUGACUUUGAUUCGGAAAAUCUUCGCUAGGAUGAUCAAUGUGGAGAAAUGGAAGAGGGCGAGAGGCCGGGGACAAGUACGAAAACGAGGUCACAACAUCAAAAACUGAGAAUGAAACUAAUUUCUACGUUUAAUAUUUGCUCUUUUAUAGCGAAUGGAACGAUCUCAGCUCGUCCAAGAAAGUUUUAGUGAUAGAUUUCAUAAUAUAUACAGUUUUGGGCCGGUAUGAACUUUAUUAGUGCGUCGAACAUUAAAGGAAAUUAUUAGUGUUCAAUUUUUAGACGUUAA